CUUCUUCCGACCAAAGCAUCGAUUAAGACAUGGCCAGCCAUCCAGUUUAUAUAGACACCACCACGCUCUGACCGCUCCUUGCCGUGGGUUUUCGGCUAUGCCAAUGCGCGCCAGCGCAUCCCGAUGACGAUAUCGGGCAGUCGUGCAGGACCACGUUGCGCCCUACACGGCCUUCACAUCUUCAAGAGCGGAAGCUAAAAAGUAUUCGCUUCACUCUAGCAAUCAUUGACACGACCUUAUAGACGCGCUAAGUCUGCUCACUGACCGCAAUACCGCAUCUUGUCGCAGUCAGGUGCCGAAUGUCUAACAGCCGCCUCUCGAGCUGAACCAGUCGCCUUUUCCGAGAUCUGCUUUCACGAAAGUCAAGUCCACACCUCGCCACCAGUCUCAUCUUGACACGUGGCGUCGUUUUGUGGGCUCAUUGUCGCAGUCUCUUAUAGAGGAGCCGGCGCCCCUGAGUCCAUCAGAAUGUCCUGGCCCCUUUGACCAGAGGUCCUUGCAUGAGAGAGAAUCGCCCCUGAUAUCGUGACUAGACAAGCACAGCUGCUUGAACGAGCAAGAGGGAAAGAUGGCAUCUUCUGUAAGUGUUCAAGGACAAGGAGACUUCAGGAAAUGCCACGCUGGCAAAUAGUGGUGAAAAAUGUUAGCGGGGACGGGGAUGGUGAACAGAAGAAUAAUCACGAGCCUGUCGCUGCUGGAGGAUACACUCAUUGGAGCAAGACGAGAGACGAACGGAGAAGCCAGACCACCCAGACCCAUGAAGAUAUGUGAUGUCGAACAACAGCCGGUGCAGUCAGAGUCCGGAGGCUCAGGGAAGGAGCAAACCCAGCUGGCUGUCUCAAAACGUCGUGAUCUGAUGAGACCUCACACAAGUGACGAGAGGACAGCCACAUGGCUGGUGAUUACAUCCUCAAAUGCAUUUGCGAGAAUGUUCUCUGUUGUCCUUACACUAUCGUCAGGCUGGAAGGUCCGUGAAUGCUCAAUAUAAUACCACUACAAAGGAAGGAUUUGCUCCUGGAGCGUCAGCCUCGUUAGUGAUGAAGUC